AUGGCAGUUCACCAUAUCCUUUUCUGCUGUGUUUUAAUAUUCUUGUGUUUGAAUGAGCGAUGCCUUUGUGAAGCAAGAGGACAGGUGAAUCCAGGGUUUCAAGGCCAUAGAUACAAACCUUUUUCACCUUCCAAUUCAGAUCUUGCCCAAGAUGAAGAAUCCCAGGUUCGCUCAUUGAGUUUCACUAGCAAAGAUAACGAUUUGGAUUCUUUAAAGGUACCUGUGAGAGAAUUAGCUGCCGAAAGUUUUGGUGUCACAGUUGGUUUUGGCACUCCCAGGCAGGACUUUAACCUGUUUCUCGACACAGGCAGUGAUAUCACUUGGAUAAAGCAAUGUAAAUCAUGUUCCCAAAGUAACUGCAACAAUUCCCAAAUGUCCAUUUUUGACACUUCUACAUCCUCAACUUUCUCCAAUCCUUGCAGUAAUUCUUCUGCAUCAGAAUGUGAAUACACCAUGAAAUACAACGACGGCUCAUUGGUUCGUGAUACCUUGACUUUUUCAUCUGUAAGUAGUGGUGGUGAUUUUGAUGGAGCAAAUGGGUUGCUAGCCAUUGGACCUAGAAGUGAUUCUCUUAUCUCACAAGCUACAAGUGCAAAUUAUAAUGGGCUCUUAUGUCACUGUCUCCCAUCCUCAAAGAGCUCCACAGGUUUUAUCAUGUUUGGUGUUUUGGCAUUUUCCGCCUUGCAAGUUUGA